UGACCAAACUGGACGUACAACUCUGAACAGCGUAUAACACACUGGAAGGAUUUUCUUCGUGACUGCUUCAUGCCAAAAAGGCCUGUAACAGCUGAUUAGACUUUAUCUUCAAGACCAAGUUUCCACCACUGUGGAGAAGAGUCACUUCUCAGGUCUUAUAAUCCCUGCUUGACGGAACUGGAGGAGCUGGUUGAGGACCCUGCCGUUCAUCACAGAAGGGCCUUUCAACCUCACGAUGUUCACAAUAAAACUCUAGACAAGGACACCAUUGAAAGCACCAAACGGGAACCCAAGAGAUUCACCCAGAUGAUGGCUGCAGCAGCUGACGGUUUGGGAAGUCUAGCGCUAGACACCACUCAGCUGCAAAUGUCCGUCACUGAUCCGACAGCCUGGGCCACGGCCAUGAAUAACCUGGGAAUGGUCCCGGUGGGAUUAACAGGGCAACAGCUUGUGUCCGAUUCAAUCUGUGUGCCGAGCUUUGAUCCAAACCUCAAUAUGAUGGCUGGAAUUACUCCGAUUAACCCAAUGAUGCCAGGUUUGGGACUUGUGGCGCCGCCCCCGCCACCGGACGUAUCUGUCGUUAAAGAAAUAAUUCACUGCAAGAGCUGUACGCUCUUUCCUCCAAACCCAAAUCUUCCACCACCUUCCACAAGAGAAAGACCUCCCGGGUGUAAGACUGUAUUUGUUGGAGGACUACCAGAAAAUGCAACUGAGGAAAUUAUUCAAGAAGUCUUUGAACAGUGUGGUGAUAUUACAGCAAUCCGGAAGAGCAAGAAGAACUUCUGUCAUAUUCGAUUUGCAGAGGAGUUCAUGGUUGAUAAAGCCAUUUAUCUUUCGGGUUAUCGCAUGAGAUUAGGUUCCAGCACGGACAAAAAGGAUUCUGGGCGCCUCCAUGUAGACUUCGCUCAGGCCAGGGAUGACUUUUAUGAAUGGGAGUGCAAGCAAAGAAUGCUAGCCAGGGAAGAACGUCACCGGCGGAAGCUCGAGGAAGAUCGUCUCCGGCCUCCCUCGCCUCCGGCAAUAAUGCAUUAUUCUGAACACGAAGCCACUCUGCUGGCCGAGAAGCUAAAAGAUGACGGGAAGUUUUCCGAAGCCAUCACAGUUCUGCUCACCUGGAUUGAGCGCGGCGAGGUGAACCGACGGUCCGCAAAUCAGUUCUACUCCAUGGUGCAGUCGGCCAACAGUCACGUCCGCCGGCUCAUGAACGAGAAGGCCGCCCACGAGGAAGAGAUGGAGCAAGCGAAGGAGAACUUUAAAAAUGCCCUCUCGGGGAUCCUGACGCAAUUUGAGCAGAUUGUGGCCGUUUUCAACGCUUCUGCCAGACAAAAAGCUUGGGACCAUUUCUCGAAAGCUCAACGCAAGAACAUAGACAUUUGGCGAAAGCAUUCUGAGGAACUUCGGAAUGCUCACAGCGAACAGCUCAUGGGAAUACGACGGGAGGAGGAAAUGGAAAUGUCUGAUGAUGACAGCAUCGAUAACCCUAAUAAAAAAAUGAGAACUGAAGAAUCAGGUGGUGGUGUUGAACCUGCCGGAGAAGCUGGAUAUGUCUUCUGUAAUAGCUCCAGAUCCCACAGCCCUAUAGGAGAUUGGACAUCACGGCAGCCAUGUUUAGACCAUCAGCUUGCUUUGGUUGCACAGGCCUACGCCCUUAAAGAAGAGAAUCACAGCCUCCGGUGGCAACUGGAUGCCUACAGGAAUGAAGUUGAGCUGUUGAAACAGGAGAAAGAUCAUCUCUUUCGGGUCGAAGAAAACCUCACCAAGGACCAGCAGCUGCAGUUUCUGAAGCAGACCGUGCAAGGCAUGCAGCAGCAACUGCUAAAUAUCCAGGAGGAGUUGAACAACAAAAAAUCUGAACUAGAACAUGCGAAGGAAGAGCAAACACACACACAAGCGUUACUUAAAGUUCUCCAGGAACAAGGUUUGAUGGCUUGGAUUCAAGACCGGUUACGGGUUCCUAGCUAUUAUUUGGGGAACUCAAGGAGAGCAGGAGAAUUGGAAAAGGGCCCGUGUGGUGAAAAAAGGUUUGCCCUGUUGAAAAGCACCAAGGAGCUAGUGGAGACCGGCGGAGUCAACCACGAGGAGGUGAAUGAAAUCAAUGUUUUGGCCGUUGCACUGGGCAACCAAGACCGAGAGAAUAAUCCGGAGAAAAGAGGCCCAGGCCUAAAAUCCGAGAAGGAGGCCCUCCUAAUAGGGAUAAUAUCAACAUUUCUUCACGUCCAUCCUUUUGGAGCCAACAUAGAAUAUCUGUGGUCAUACAUGCAGCAGCUGGACACCAGGAUAUCCGCAAAUGAAAUUGAAAUGCUUCUGAUGAGGCUGCCACGCAUGUUUAAGCAGGAAUUCUCGGGGGUCGGCGCAACGCUGGAGAAAAGAUGGAAGUUUUGUGCCUUUGAAGGAAUUAAAACCACCUGACCGAACGGCUAAACCGGAAGAGAAGAAGCCUUCCCUAGGCGGUGGAGGGCCAGAAAAUCUCAAAGCCGGGAGUGAGGACAUGAAGCUACAUUUGCCGAGCCAUCAGAGCCUAAUUUUAGUUCUACCUGUGGCAUUCGCUUGUGCGGGGAGUGGAAAUAGAAGCCGGCUCCAGUUCCUAAACGAAAAGAGCUUCAAACUAUGGCCGAUCUGUUUCCCGUGAAAACCGAACUGUGAAAGCGCGAUUCAAAAAUAUGCUACAUCCGAGAGCAGCUCACCAAUCAAAGCGUAAAGAGAAAGAUUGAGCAGCAAUGGUUGCUAAGCUACAGAGACGUAGUGGCUGUACUGCGCAGUUGAAAUCAUUAAAUGACAUUUUCCAGAAAAAUCUCUCUCUGUGUUUUAAGAUACAUGUAGUUUUACAGUGAAGAAAAGAAAAUCAUACCAAAAGAAAACUUGAAUACGUGACAAAACAGUUAAUUGUAUUUUGUAAAUUAAGUUCUAUGCUAUUCCAGGGAUUUUUUGCCUUAUUGAGAGAGGCCUAAAAGGUUGAUUGAGCUCCUUGAGAAUGCUUUAUUGAGAAUAUUAUUUUUCUAAUGUAACGAUUCUCCAUCCUAAAUUCUUUUAGCGUUGGCCGCACAUCAACUUUCAUAAACUGUAAAUAACGAGAAAGCCAGUGAUACUGUCUUGUACUUGGUAUGUAAUAUUCAGGUUUAUGCAUCAAAGUAAGUAUUCGGUUGCUUUAUUGUUAUAAAAUUUUAUAGCCAAAUCUUAAUUUUUUCAAUAAAUACAACUUCUACCAUAAGGGUUUACUAGGCUAUUCCUCCGAUGUUUUCGAAUUGCCACUUUUGGAAGAAAGACCUUCUUUCUCAGUCUCACCCGGGUUCUAGCCACACCGUUGAAAUUUAGCAACUUUUCACAGUAGAGAUGGUUCAGACGAGAGAAAAUCACAAUUUUUUAAGUGGCUAAAAUGAAAGAACUACAUUUUUUUUUCCAGUGGGAAGUCCAAGAGGGGAGAUUAUGCAUUUGCUAGACAGAGCGGAUAUUUGUCUAAAAAUAGAAGCAGUGUGGCUGAGUGGAAAGAGCCCGGGCUUGGGAG